CUUGCCGUCCGGCAGCUCGGGAGCGGGAGCAGCGGCAGCCGCGGGGAUAGCCGUGGUGGGUCGCGGAGCUGCCUUGGGAUGCGUUAGCCGGCGGAUCGCACAGAAAUCUCUCUCCUAGGAAGGAGAGAGGCAACCUCCUCCCACUGGCAGGGAGGCGGAAAAAAAGAGGAUUUAAAGAGCAUCUUUGCCCCCUUUGUUGAAUGAGGAGGACAGAGGAGGACCAGCAAGAUGAGCACUAGCACAGUUCCCUAUCAGCAAAACCCGUACACCCCCGGGAGCAGCUCCACCGUCAUCCAGUGCUACCGCUGCGGGGACACCUGCAAGGGCGAGGUGGUGCGCGUCCAGAGCAAUCACUUCCACAUCCGCUGCUUCACCUGCCAAGUGUGCGGCUGCGACCUGGCCCAGUCGGGCUUCUUCUUUAAGAACCAGGAGUACAUCUGCACCCACGACUACCAGCAGCUCUACGGGACCCGCUGUGACAGCUGUGGGGACUUCAUCACUGGAGAGGUCAUCUCUGCCCUGGGAAGGACCUAUCACCCCAAGUGCUUCGUCUGCAGCACCUGCAGGAAGCCAUUCCCCAUUGGAGACAAGGUCACGUUCAGUGGGAAGGACUGCGUCUGCCAAAACUGCUCCCACUCUCUCAUCAGCACCAAACCCAUCAAGAUCCAUGGGCCCAGCCACUGCGCAGGCUGCAAGGAGGAGAUCAAGCAAGGCCAGUCCCUCCUGGCCCUGGAGAAGCAGUGGCACGUCAGCUGCUUCAAGUGCCAAACGUGCGGGAUCAUCCUCACUGGCGAGUACAUCAGCAAGGAUGGCGUACCAUACUGUGAGUCUGACUACCAUGCCCAGUUUGGCAUCAAGUGCGAGACCUGUGACCGGUACAUCAGCGGCAGGGUCCUGGAGGCAGGAGGGAAGCAUUACCACCCCACCUGUGCCAGAUGUGUCCGCUGCCACCAGAUGUUCACGGAAGGAGAGGAGAUGUACCUCACAGGCUCUGAAGUAUGGCACCCCAUCUGCAAGCAGGCAGCCAGAGCAGAGAAGAAGCUAAAGCACAGAAGGACAUCGGAAACUUCCAUCUCGCCCCCUGGUUCCAGCAUUGGCUCCCCAAACCGUGUCAUCUGCGCUAAAGUGGAUAAUGAGAUCCUUAAUUACAAAGACCUGGCAGCUCUUCCCAAGAUUAAAGCCAUCUAUGAAGUGCAGCGUCCUGACCUCAUUUCCUACGAGCCCUAUCACAGAUACACAUCGGAUGAGACGCUGGAGAGAUAUAGCUAUGGGGAGUCCCUGGGGACCCUCUCCCCAUACUCGCAGGACAUCUACGACAGCUUUGACACGCGGCAGAGGCGAGCCUCCAGCCCUGGCUACAUCGACUCCCCCACCUACAGCCGCCAGGGCAUGUCCCCCACCAUCCCGAGGUCCCCCCACCAUUUCUACCGCUCAGGCACCGAGAGCGGGCGCAGCUCCCCCUACUAUAGCCAGUUAGAUGUGAGGUCCUCCACUCCAACCUCAUACCAAGCGCCCAAGCAUUUCCACAUCCCAGCUGCCGGCGAGAGUAACAUCUACCGAAAACCCCCCAUCUAUAAGCGACACGACAACCUCCCUGCAGCCACGAAAAGCAAAACCAGUGAAGACAUAGCACAGUCGUCCAAGUACAGCCCUGCCUACUCCCCAGACCCGUACUACCACUCCGAGUCGGAGUACUGGUCCUUCCAAGGCUCCCCCAAAGCCCCCCGGGCCCGGAGGUUCUCAUCUGGAGGCGAAGAGGAUGGGUACGACCGGGGCAUGCACAAGAUCCAGAGCGGCAUCGGCAGGCUGAUCCUGAGGGAGGAGAUGAAGGCUCGGUCCAACUCCUACGCAGACCCCUGGACGCCCCCUCGCAGCUCAGCCAGCAGCAGAGAAGCCCUGCACACGGCUGGCUACGAGGGCUCCCUCAACGGCUCUCCCCGGACGCACUACCUGGCUGACAGCGAUCCCCUCAUUUCUAAGUCAGCCUCCCUUCCUGCCUACAGGAGGAAUGGGCUGCACAGGCCUCCCAGUGCCGAGCUUUUCCACUAUGACAGCACGAACGCCGUCAACUGGGGGAUGCGAGAGUACAAGAUAUACCCCUAUGAGCUGCUCCUGGUGAAGACGAGGGGGAGGAACCAGCUGCCCAAAGAUGUGGACAGGACUCGGUUAGAGCGCCACCUCUCCCAGGAGGAGUUCUACCAGAUCUUCGGCAUGACCAUCGCCGAGUUCGACCGCCUGGCCCUCUGGAAGAGGAACGAGCUGAAGAAGCAGGCCCGGCUGUUUUAAAUGCAGUGCACUAUAAAUAUAUACAUACCUAUAAAUAUAUACAUAGAAAGAUCUCUAUAUUGCAACUCUGUAUGAUUCUCGGUGCUGUACGUGGCAGAGGCGCCCUCUGCACCCCUGAGAGUGAA